AGGAGAGAGAGAUCGAAGACAUCAUCCGGGCCCUGAGCUGUGUGUGACACGGCUAUAAGACGCACCGCUUCCCCCCUUCCCCUCCUCGUGGCCAGACAGCCAACAUCUGCCCACAAUUGCUCAGACAUCCAGCGCCGAUCUCACACAUCACACACCUCAAAACUCAACUCUUGUACAAUACCCCAAGCGAGACCGCAGAGGACAGUCUGAUCUGGUAGCCGCCAUGGUAGCCCUACUUUACCCUCGCAACGACGCCCUGAGGACUCAUCCGCCGGCGGGUGACCAGUACCUGACGACCAAUGGCUCCAACUGGCUGUUUACCGUCACCGCCAUCUUUGGCUUUUCUGCUCUUGCCCUCUAUGCCCUGAAGUUCCGUGCCCGUGCCGGCGAGCGCUUCUUCCACUACCUGUUCAUCAUCGCCUUCCUGACCGGCCUGGUCGCCUACUAUGCCAUGGCGUCCGAUCUUGCCUGGGACACGGUCCGGCAGGUCAACCAGGUCGGCCACUCGGGUGUCCUCCGCCAGAUCUUCUGGGCCAAGUACGUCUUCUGGGUCGUCGCCUUCCCCGCCAUCAUCAUCGCGCUGGGCGUCCUGAGCGGCGUCUCCUGGGCCACCAUCUUCUUCAACGUCGCGCUGUCGUGGGUGUGGAUCAUCAGCUACCUCGUGGCCGCCUACACGCCGUCCAACUACAAGUGGGGCUUCUUCGCCUUCGGUCUGCUGGCCCACAUCUUCCUGGCGCUGUCGACCCUGCAGACCGGCCUGAAGACCGCCACCCGCGUCGGCAUCAAGGGCGACUACUUUGCCCUUGCCGGCUACGUCAACUUCCUGUGGCUGCUCUACCCCAUUGCCUGGGGCCUGAGUGACGGCGGCAACCGCAUCGGCGUUGUCGCGAGCUUCAUCUGGUUCGGCAUCCUCGAUGUGCUGCUGCUGUGCGGCGUCGCCUAUGGCAUCGUCGUACUGUCCCGCCGCUGGGACUACAACCGCCUGAACAUCGCCUUCACCCAGUACGGCCGUGUCCCUCACCACGCCGGAACCUUCCCCGAGAAGAACACGACUGCUACGCCGGCUGCUACCGCUGCUCCCGCUGUGUAAAGAGCUGUGCCCAACAUGAUCAGUCAAAACGGAUCUGAAGGGGUGAGAAAGAACGAGUUUGGAGAAGGGGGUGAGGCCCGAUUC